GAUGACAUAUGCCAUUGCUCUGGUCUGCUGACAGGGGUGCCACCCCGGUUUGUACAUCGGAUUGGGGGAGCCUGGAGACCUCUGCUGCCCUGUUCAUGACAAUCCUUCUUCUUCUUCCCUGAACCUCUGUACAGACUACACAGCCAAUGUGGGCAUGAGGAGAACCUGAGCCUCCCAUCCUGCCACCCCGACUGCCCAUCGCAGAGAGAUGUCCAGAAGAAAACAACGUAAUCCCAGGCAGAUUAAACGUUCUCUCGGUGAAAUGGAAGAGACGGACGAAAGUUUGGCAUUAGAGUUGACCACUUCUGAUAAAGAUGGCUCUGUUUCUGACCUGGAAGAUUUAGCAGAUUGUGAUUCCUCGAGUCCAUCGUACAGUGACGCAGCAGAAGCCGAAGGAGAGCCGAGCAGCUCGGUGCCGCAAGUGUCCGAUCAAGAGAUGGGCGAAGCGGAGCCAACGGCGAACCUGCUUGAGGAGGCCACGCCCCCCGGCGACUCAGAGGGCGAGAGCGCCGAGGCGGAAGAGAGCGAGAACUACAAAGAGUCGGAGGGGGGCGACAGCACAGAGGACGCCACACAGCCUCGCCCGUGGAACGGUCCAGACGAACUGGUUGUGGAGCACCCCUCGCCCGGUGGAGUAAGCCAGGUCCGUGCCCAGACUGAACUGCCCAAGGGGUUAACUUGGGGCCCCUACAGAGGAACCUUUACAGGCUCCGCCUCUUCUCCGGACCGGUCGGAGGUGGGCGGCGCUCUCUCACUGGAGGUGGAUGAAGACUGCUGGCUGAAAAAUGUGACUCUCGUCCCCUGUGAGUUUGAAGCCAACUCCGUCCUGUACCGGAAAGGCGACCAGAUCUGGUGUAAGACUUCGCAGGUCAUAGAGCAGGGCGAAGUCGUCCGGGCCUUCCUCAUGGCCGAACCCCAAGCCAUCCCCAACUUCAGCGUCAAGGAGGAACCCGGAGAGUCUUCUCAGGAGAUCACCACGCAGCCCGAGUUCCAGCUCCUCCCACAGCAAGCUGGCAUGGCUGCCAUCUUGGCCACCGCGGUGGUUAACAAGGACAUUUUCCCCUGCAAGGAUUGCGGAAUCUGGUACCGCAGCGAGCGCAAUCUGCAGGCUCAUCUCAUGUACUACUGUGCCAGCCGCCAGAGCUCCACCUCCCCCACAAUGGAGGAGAAGCCGAAAGAUUCCUACCCCAACGAGCGGGUCUGCCCCUUCCCCCAGUGCAAGAAGAGCUGCCCCAGCGCCAGCUCCCUGGAGAUUCACAUGAGGAGCCACAGCGGAGAACGACCGUUUGUGUGCUUGAUCUGCCUGUCCGCCUUCACCACCAAGGCCAACUGUGAGCGCCACCUGAAGGUCCACACUGACACCUUGAACGGCGUCUGCCAUGGCUGCGGCUUCAUCUCCACCACACGGGACAUUCUGUACAGCCACCUGGUGACCAAUCACAUGAUCUGCCAGCCCGGGGCAAAGGUCGACGUGUACCCGGCAGUGAAGACGCUGCCUGCCAUCAAGCCAUCGAACUCCGGUAUAACUCAGAUCGCCAACCUUCUGAAAUGCAGCUUAUGCGGGUUCUCGGCGGACAGCCUUGCCAGUCUCCAGCAGCAUGCCAUCAUGCACGCCGCUGCCUCCCUCCCAGGUGCCUCUCAGUCCAUCUCCAGGUCCCCCAGGUCUGAUGCGGAGAAGGAGCAGCCUCCCGAUAGCUUGAAAAAUGGAGAUGCCAAAUCCCCAGGCUCCUCCUCCUCUUCCUCAGGUAUGGAGGAUCCGCCUCUGAAAGUCCACAUUAAAGAGGAACCGGAUGAGCUGAGGCCAGUCAGCGAAGCCGUUUCCGGCAGCCCUAAGGCUAGAGAUGAAUCUGCUCUCGUUCCCUCUCCAGCUGUCAAAGUUAAGACUGAGAUCUCCAGUCCCACCCCGGGGUCCAGCCCGGUCCCCAACGAGUCAGGAGCAGCUGCCGGUGGGGGGACGAUCAUAGUGCCUCAGUACAUGUUCGGACAUGAGGCGGCUCCCGCUAUCGUCCCGCAAGCUUCAGAGAUCCUGGCCAAGAUGUCCGAGCUGGUACACAACCGCCUGAAACAAGGACAAGCCGUCGCUUCCGUUGGCUUCUCGGGGACCCCGACGCCCAAGGGCGCCACCUGCUACGAGUGCGAGAUCACGUUUAACAACAUCAACAAUUAUUACGUGCACAAAAAACUUUACUGCUCCGGGCGCCACUUGUCAGAUGACAACCCUGGCAGCGGGCGCAAGGUGAAGGUCCACCCCGUGCGGGCCGCUGCGGCCCCUGCCAUAUCAGUGGCUGAGGAACAGAGGGCGAGCCCGCAACAAGAAGACGCAUCAGGGGAGAGCAGCACUUUGACUGUAAAAAUAAAAGUGGAGGAAGGCACCGGAGCCGAAAACGAAGCGUCCGGCAGCGGCCAUGUGAGCGAAGGCAGCCAGAGCCCCGGUCCGUUGGAGGACGCAGAAGGAAAUCCAACGCGUACCGUUUGUGACGCUUGCAAUAUCCAUUUCAGCAGACACGAGACUUACAUGGUGCACAAGCGCUACUACUGCGCAUCACGUCACGAUCCUCCCCUGCGGCGCAGCGGGGUGAUCAACAAGCCCGGGCCUCUGUACACACCUCAGCCUCCUCCGCGAACACGCAAACGCCGAAAGCUGUAUGAAAUCCACGGCAUAUCCCCUGCAGACCUAACUCCUCCUGCAUUGCUCCCGCUGACUCGGGUGGAGGCCCUUCCACUCAUACCAGGGCUGAUAGCGGCUCCAAGCGUACCCUCACCCAGCUCCAGCCCAGAUGCAGAAGACGGGCCCAUCGACCUCAGCAAGAAGCCACGCCUUACUGUGGAGUCUCCGCUGCCGCUGCCACUGCCGGCAGCCGCCGCAGCAGUGGUCCCUCUGACGGAUUACCACGAGUGCACGGCCUGUCAGAUCAGCUUCCACAGCCUGGAAAGCUAUCUGGCGCACAAGAAGUUUUCCUGCCCGGUGGCCCCUUUACAACAGAAAGCCUUACAGCAACUUCAGAAAAUUAAGUCCCCUCUCAAUGCCUCAGGGAAGAUCGGAGAGGAAGGCGUGCGGAUCAAAGUGGAGCGGAGAACGACUCUGAGUCCAGGAUCCAUGAGCGACUCCAUCCAGCCAGUCGCAAUUCCUUACACCGCCAUCCCGGACACAAAACCUCUGCAGCAGUACACCACCGGCUCGGUCGAGGCUUCCCCGUCUACUACCACCACCUGCCCCUAUUGCCCUACUAACGUCGUCAUCAGGGGGGACCUCCUCGAACAUUUCCGAAGCGUCCACGGUCUGCUGUUGGCCAAACCCACCCCGGGUCACCGUUUACAAACCACAUUCAUGGAGGUGCUGCUGCCCGCUCGGGUCCAGCCGAGCAGCUCGUCCGAGAAUAGCUUGCCCAGCCCGCCGGCCUCCUCUACUUCUCCACUGCAGGGCCAAGGGCUGCCGAGAGACAUUACAAACAGCAAAGACACCGCCAGUUCGUCCUCCUCCAACGGCAGCCCGGUUUCAAGCGCCACUCCGCGGCCAGUGCUCACCAGUAUUUCGAGGCCUCUGCUGCCAAGCUCCCCAGCUCUUCCUCUGAACCCUUUGGCUGAAACCAGGCUGCCGGCGCACGCCCUUCUUCCCGGGGACAAGCCCAUGCAGCCCCCCAAAGCCAGCCUGUCCUCUGCCCUGCCGAACGGGAACCACAGGUACUGUCGCCUUUGCAACAUCAAGUUCAGCAGCCUAUCCACGUUCAUCGCCCACAAAAAGUACUACUGCUCUUCGCACGCAGCCGAACACGUCAAAUAGCACCCGAGGGGGCGGGGGGAGCACUUUAUUCGCAAGAAGUAGUUUUGAAGCACUAAGCCAGCUGAGCAGU